GGCGCCCCCAAGGCGUCGGGUAUCCUAUGUAAUACCCACUCCAGCAGAUCCUCCACCUCGCUUGCAGUUGCCUCCUCAUGGCGUGCCUCGGAACGGAUCUCCAGGCCCGAUUCUGGUUCCCCGUCAAUCCACAGACCCUCCUCUCCCACCGACUCCCAAAUGGGCCCAGCACCCGCGACAUCGACUGGGAGUCUCAUGCCUUGCACUAGAUACAUCCACUCAGCUUGUUGGGCGCGCGUCGCCCGAAGGCAUCCUCUACACCGGAGGCCGGGACGGAAUGGCCAUCGCGUGGGACCUCGGCGUCCCUAUGAAGCGGCGAGCGCAGCGGUAUGGGUACACUGGACGAAGUCUGAGGCGGUGGGAGGUGAUGACGAACUGGGCGGACGAUAUAAUCGAGGAGGAGGCUGAGGAGGCGGACGACUAUCGGAGCGACGGGGACGUCUUGGGCGAGGUCACGGGCAAGACCCGCCGCCGGAUACCCGCCGACGACACGAUACCCUACGAGGAGCAGUGGGAGACGGACAUGGACGCUUAUCAGGCCCUAAAGGCACACCCACCAACAUCACAUUUCCGCCAAGCUGUACAAAUGCAUUCCGAUUGGAUAAACGAUAUGAUACUCUGUAAUUAUAAUCAAACUCUGGUAACAGCAUCCUCGGACGGAACGAUCAAGGCCUGGUCCCCGCAUGCGCACGGCCAAUCUUCUUCUUCCCUACACGAGCCCGCCGUACUGGGCACGCACUCUGACUAUGUCCGCUGUCUAGCAUACUGCCGUGAACAGCAGUGGUUCGCCUCAGGCUCGUUCGACCGCACAAUCAAGCUCUGGGACCUUGCGUCCGCAUCCGCGUCGGGGUCGGGUGCACAUAGGACAGACCCGCUCAUCACGCUGAGCCCGCCAGAGGGUGCGGGGCCGAAGGCGUCCGUGUACGCGUUAACGACGGACCCGUAUGGAAGUGUGAUCGCGUCAGGCUCCCCGGAGAGGGUGAUCAGGAUGUGGGACCCGAGGUCGGGCAAGAGGAUAGCGAAGCUAGUGGGGCAUACGGAUAAUAUCAGGGCGAUACUCAUAUCCGAGGACGCGAAAUACCUGCUAACGGGCUCCGCAGACGCGUCGAUAAAGCUCUGGUCACUCUCCUCCCAACGCUGCCUGCACACCUUCACGCACCACACCGAGUCUGUCUGGUCCCUCUCCUCCACUCACCCGUCUCUGGAGAUAUUCUACUCGGGCGACCGCUCCGGUCUCGUCUGCAAAGUCGACGUCGAAGGCUGCACAGACGUCGCAGAGGGUGAGUGCCUCGUCCUUUGCCAAGAUUCCGGCGGGGACCGCCCGGGAACGUCUGGUGCCGGCUCGGAGGGGAUCAAUAAGAUCGUAGCGAUGGACGAUAACUUACUGUGGACCGCUUCGGGAAGCUCCAGUGUGAGGCGGUGGAGGGUCCCCGCGAGGAGGGCUGUCAGAGGUUCGGUGUGGAGUGCAGAGGGCGCGGUGGAUAGCCCGAUAUCGUCCCUGCCACCGUUGGACCAUCGGAGGCGUGACUCGCUCGACUUCACGUUUCCUCCAUCUACUUUCGGAAGCGGAAGUGCGGCCGGGGGCAGGACGAAGUCGAAGUCGCCUGUGCGCUCUCCACCGCUCUCGCAGGAAACCUCACGCAGCAGUAGCCCACUCGCGCCGCGUUCUCUCAGCGCCAGCAAUCACAAGCGCGCAUCGUUCACCCCGUCAAUGAACUCCGCCAAUGCCAUGGCAGGCGCGGAGUCCCACGUGGAUUUGGAUUCGGAGCGCGAGGGCGAGGAGACGUGGUAUGGCAUCCCGUUCGAAUCCCUCGUCCGCCUCACCUCGCCCAACAACGACGCAGGCUUUGGGCUCGGGCUCGGACCAUCCCUGUCCAUGAUGAGGGGGCACGACCCGGAGAUCGCGACGCUCUACUCGGCCGCGUCGGUCUUGAGCGUGCCGCGGAUGGUCAGGUCCCCCGUGCAGCAGAUCUUCGGCCCCAACGGCCAGCCUGUGCGGAGCGUGAGCCCGUUUAGGGGCGAUACGGUCCGCUCGCAGACGCGGCUCGUGGAGGAGGUGCAGACCCCAAGACCGAGGGCGGCGUUCGAGCUGCGCGAGGUCGCGGCGGACGCCAUACCAUUGAGGCUGGAGGCGGACGAGGUGAUUCACGGGGAGCACGGCCUCGUGCGGUGCGUGAUGCUCAACGACCGCGUGCACGCCCUCACGGUCGACACGGCGGGCGAGGUCGCGCUGUGGGAUAUCGUCAGGGGUGUAUGUCUGGGGCGAUACCCGUGCGAGGACGUCGCCGCUGUCAGCUUUUGCGGGAGUGAUAAGAGCGUCGCUGCGAGCGCGCGCGAGGGUAGAGGAGGGAGAUAUGAGGGGGAGACGAGGAGCCCAAGGGAGGCGCUGGAGACGGUGAGGGAGAGGAUCGAGGGCGAGGCGGUCGUACCGAGUUGGGCAGCGCUGGACACGAAGACGGGAGUGUUGACGGUGCACAUGAACGAGAAGUGCUUCGAGGCGGAGAUCUAUGCGGACGAGGCGGGUUAUGGGCAUGAGAGGCAGUUCAACGAGGAGGCGCGGCUAAAUAUCGGGAAGUGGGUGUUGAGAAACUUGUUCCAUGGGUUCAUUCGGGAGGAACAGCGGCAAGCCGCGCGACGUGCCCGGGAACAUGGCUCCCACGACCCGUCACACCAUCGACUACAACGUGGUAGCGCGCCGACCCACAUCGACCUGAACAGCACGAACCCGGACGUACGAAGCCGCGCGUCCUCGGAUGUCUCUGAGCGCAGCGCGUCUUCUGCCGCCCUCGGACUUCGAAGUGCGACGAUUAUCCUCUCCCCAAACAUGCUACCCGCGGUCUCCCCCGCGGUCUCUGUCGCACCUCGCUCAUCCCCGCUCAUGACUCCCCUGAUACCCUUACACGGCGGAAUACGUGACUCUGGCCUUCCGACUAUCCCUCAGUCACCCAAUCCCACCGACAUCACGCCUAUAUCUCAUGGACCACGCGACACGCAGAGGUCUGACGGCACCGCGACUCCAGCAGCCCUCCCGCCCUCCACGUACGGCACUGUCACCAACAACGACUACUUCUCGCAGCGCGGGAGCAGCAGGCGACCGUCUGUCUCAACUCCAGGCGGACCGGUGACCCCAGACGACUUCUCUGGGUGGGGCGGGAAGUCGGUUGGGUCCGACACGGCACCGCUGCAGACACCGAGUACGCCCACGGUGGGGAGCCUGAUGGGCAGGAUCAACAAGGCGUUCUCGAAGAACAAGCGACAGGCGAGCGAGACGACUGGGACGACGUCACAGGGUAGCGCCACGACUAGCACUCAGGUUGAGACUGUGGCAGGGGAUCCAUCGCCUCCAGUUAAGACACCAGCACAAGCACUCCUCGCUGGACCAAUCACUCCGCCUCCCUCCAGUGAAGCGCCCCCGCUGCCUAUUCCGCAGAACACAUCCAUCGUUAUCUCGGAGGAAGCGCCAUCUGGAUGGCUCACUCUCUACCGCGGCCAAGUCUCGAGCACGGGUGUGGAUGCGCGAAUGCUGGAAGAGGUGAUGCCUCUCUGGCUGCUCGAGUGCUUGCUACAGAACAAGACGCCGUCCGUCCCCGUUACGAAAGUCAGCUUCGUGCUGUUACCAUUCAAGGAGCUAGGGGUCGAGCCACUGCCGGAGCUGUUGAAUACGCAACAAUCGAAGCUUACCGCCAGCCGCUUCUUGCGCGUUCGCAAACUCACCGUCCAUGUACAGGAUAAGCUCGACAAGAUCGCCAACGGCGGCACCUCUCCCGUAUCCGCGAGUGCUACGCCUCGCUCCUCGUUCGACCGCCGGUCGUUGGCCUCUGGACGCGCUCGCGAUCAUGACUCCCGACCCCGUGCUGAGGAGAUCUAUGAGAUUCUCUGCAACGGGAUCGUCCUUCCGCUAGACAUGACACUAGCUGCCGUCCGGCAGUAUGUCUGGCGGCAGUCAGCGGAGCUGGUCAUGCAUUACCGUCGCAAGGCUCCCGUGCACGCCGGAGCUCACGGGAACUGAUGGGGCCGCAAUUGGUUCCCGAAUCACAUCUCCUAUGUCGUGUGUACUAGAUCAUUGUGACAUCCUUGUGUAUAACGGUGUUUGUAGACUUACGUGUCUUUUGCAUUAUACUUUCCUAUUCGACCC